AUGAAAGAUUUCGUUAGCGGGUACAAACGAAAGUAUGCCCAGCUCAAGGAUACCGGUGAAGUGCCCAUGACAGUUGGAAAGGCACCCCUUUCUGUGGCGGGUUAUCGGUUUUUGGCGGCCGCUGCACUGACAUCCAAAACAGAUUAUGCAUUGCACAUCACACCUCAUUCGUUCUUGGGUGUGUGUUGGAACUUGAUGGCACGAGCUGUUUCAGCGUCCACGCUUCGAUACGAGCAUGUGUCAUGGAAAAACGACGCACUUGAAAUUCAGUACGGUGCAAUGAAGAAUGACCAAGACGGCCAGAUGUCAUUCGCAAGGCAUGUUUUGGGCGUGUUGCUGUUUACUCGUGGCGCCAACCUCUCAAGCUCGCCGUCCCUCUUGUUCGGCUACAAUGCCAAGGAACGUUUCUCAACUUGGCUCCGCAACACGUGUUCCAACUCUGAAAACGACAUCGUGUCGAUGGGCUUGGCCAUUGAGGAUAUUGGCACUCACUUCUUUCGCAAAGGUGUGGCCAAUUCUUUGUCCAACUGUCCUGGGGGCCCACAGGCAGUGUCGAUCUGGCUCCGUGCGGGGUGGAGUUUGGGCAGUGUACAAGGUCAGUACAUUUUCGAGGGUUCAGGGGGAGACCAAUUUGUUGGCCGCGCAGCAACAGGUAAUGCCAAAAUAUUAAUUAUUAGAUUAUGUGAAUAA